CGCUUCAAAAGCUAUGUGUUCGUCCAGCUGAGGAGGAGUUUGUUUUCCCCACAGAACCAGAACUCACCAGCCUGAACUCUGAUUAAAGUGGUGGAAAAACGGGAGAAAAGUUGGUGGAACAAGUUUUCAAUCAGAUAUCGUAAGCUGGACCAUGUUCUCCCUGUCGGAACUAGCACCCCUGGAUCAACACCAGAACACAUGUAAACUGCUGAAGCCCUGGUGGGAGGUCUUCAUGGACUAUCUGGUGGUCCUGAUGCUGAUGGUAUCCGUCCUGGCUUGCACUGUGCAGCUUUCAAGGGACAGAGUUGUAUGCAUUCCUUCUGAGCUCUCUCUCAAUGCAAGCACCAGUGUUCACCAGAGUCCAUCAGCUGGCAGCGAUGCAGGCUUCACCACUCAACAGGUUUCUAACAUCGUCAGCCCAAAUAUCAACUCUCCUGCUCAGGGACGACGCACACAUCUCGUCUACCAGCAAUAUAUUUAUGUUAGCCAGGUGUGCUACCAUGAAGCUUUGCCUGUGUGUUCUCGCUUCUUCCCCUACAUGGCGUUGCUGCAUACUCUGGUGCUGGUAGCCAGCGGCUCCUUCUGGCUCCAUUUCCCUCACACGUCUUCUCGCAUUGAACAAUUCCUGUCCAUCUUGGCAAAAUGCAGCGAGUCUCCCUGGACAUCCCAGGCUCUGUCCCAAGCUGCGCGCCAUGAAACCAUCCAAGAUUUGCAGAGACGGCCUCGCUGUACCCCAGUGACUUCUGCUUGCUUUUCCAUUCCAGCGAUCCGUGCAGGACGUUCCAGCAUAGACUCCGGCACAGAAAGCCCUCUUUUAAAGAGAUCUGUCUCUCCUCCAUCUCCUUCUCCUUCCACCGGUUCCUCUAACUCAACAAUGUCUUCUGUAUCCCUUGGCUCUGAGGUCCACUUCAGUUCUUUCAUGCCCUCAGUGAAGGUUCCACGCCCGGGGCAGGUAAUGAGUCUAGGUAAAAGUGAUGGAGAACAGGCCAGGGCCCUAUUUGAAAGAGUCAGGAAAUUUCGGUCUCACUGCGAAAGCUCUGCUGUCAUUUACAAGGUUUACUUGGCUCAGACGAUAUUCAAGCUGCUGAUGGCAGCGGUGGUCAUGACUUACACCGUCCCAUUCCUCAGCUCCCUCUCCUUCAGCCAUGUUUGUCACCCUGGGGAGGGAACACUAGUGGGCUACGCAACCUUUGAUUGUGUCCAUGUGCUCUCAUCACUUCUGCACAAACUGCUCGUUGCCUACCUAAUCCUUCUGGGGCUUUAUGAUCUCCUUAAUUUUCACACCCUCGGCUGGAUUUUUCAAAGCUGUCUUCGGAAAUAUUCCUUCCAAUCGUCAAAGGAGCUGUUCUCCCUGAACGACAUCCCCGAUGUGAUGAAUGACCUGGCCUUUCUCAUGCACAUGGUGGACCAGUAUGACCCGCUGCUGGUCCAGCGUCUGUCCGUGUUUCUGUCCCCGGUCAGCGAGAGCAGACUGCUGGAACAAAGCCUGGAGAGGCAGUGGGGGGAAGAAAGGCUACAUGCUAUGACCAGUACGGAUGCGGAUGGCUGUACCAGCCUGCAGCUCGUCGCCCUGCCCCGCCUUCCCCCGGCUCUUUUCACCCUGAGCCAGCUCCAGGCCCUCAAACUGGAGCUCAUCACUGAUGCCAGAUUUACUUCCCAGCUGGCAAACAUGACUUCACUUAGGGAGCUCCAUCUUUACCACUGUACCCCGGCUGUAGAUCCCAGUGCACUUGCGGUCCUCCAGGAACGUCUAGAGAUUCUUCAUAUCACUUUCUCUCAGGCUUCUCAGAUCCCCAGCUGGGUCCUCUCCCUCCGUAACUUACACCAGCUCCAUCUUUCCGGCCGUUUAAGCAGUGAGGGUGGCGUUGGUCGUGGCUGGGCUCUGGGCAGCCUACGUCAGCUCCGCCACCUGCGUAUUCUUGUAAUUCAGGGCAUGUUACAGAAGGUUCCUGCGGAGCUCUGUGAGGUGGCAGGAAGUUUGGUCAAACUAGAGAUACAUAACGAGGGGACAAGGCUACUGGUGCUGACAGGCCUGAAGCGACUGGUUGACCUGACAGAACUCCAGCUGCAGGACUGCCAGCUGGACCGCUUGCCCUCUGCCCUGCUUGCUCUCACUAACCUUCGGACGCUCGACUUGCAGCAUAACAAUUUGAGAACCCUAGAGGAACUUCUCAGCCUGGUUCACUUGCGACGCCUUUCUUGCCUCAAACUCGCCUACAAUCGUGUGUUGGUGCUGCCUCCUAGUGUUGGAGUCCUUCGAAGCUUAGAGCUUCUGGAUCUGUGCAACAACCAGCUGAAGACUCUUCCACCUGCCCUCUUUGCUCUCCAUCGACUUCGUCGGCUCCUGUUGGCUGGUAACCUGCUUUGCGAGCUGCCCUCUGAGGUUAAGGCUUUGGAGCUCCUCACAGAACUAGAUCUGAGUGGGAACAGGUUAGAGAGUCUACCCUCUGACCUCUUCAGCAGCUGCUUGGAGCUCCGCAUCCUAAAUGUGUCUCGCAACUCUCUCCUUUCGCUGCCCCGGGGAGUUAAAGCUUUAAGCCACCUGUCCAGGUUGGAUUUGCGAGGCAAUAAUCUGGAGGAGUUGCCUGCUGAGCUUGGCUGCUGUUUGGGGCUCUGUGGCGGUGGGCUCCUUGUUGAAAGGUGGCUCUUUAUUUCCUUACCUUCUCAAGUUAGGGACUUACUGAGCAGCUCUUAUGCUACCAGUGAGGUAUACUUCGAGGAUUACUCCCGGCCCAAAUCGGACACGUUCCCAUACUCUCCCAAUCAGUGGAGCUUCUCUUCAGCUCUAGAAUCACAAAUAUAAGGUUUAUAGUUGACAAUUGUCCCACAGUUUCACAAAGGCAUUCUCAGCUUUAGUUUUUUUGCAACACCUUGUUAAAUAGAGGCACACUUUAACUUUUCUUUGCAUCUUUGAUAAAUGAGUCAUGGAAACUUGCAUUAAAAAAAUGAAAAGGCAGAUUAUGCUUUAAAUAUUGGUCGUUUUUAUGAUAUGAGAUGGGAAAAAAAAAAUAUUUUCAAAUGUUUUAAAAUAUGAACAGGAACGGUUU